AUGCAAAGAGAGCACUGUCUACUGUCUACUGUCUACUGUCUACUGUCUACCGUCUACUGUCUACUGUCUACUGUCUACCGUCUACUGUCUACUGUCUACUGUCUACCGUCUACUGUCUACCGUCUACUGUCUACCGUCUACUGUCUACCGUCUACUGUCUACCGUCUACUGUCUACCGUCUACUGUCUACCGUCUACUGUCUACCGUCUACUGUCUACCGUCUACUGUCUACCGUCUACUGUCUACCGUCUACUGUCUACCGUCUACUGUCUACCGUCUACUGUCUACCGUCUACUGUCUACCGUCUACCUAUGUAGGAAGCGGCCCGUCGACUCAUUCCCUAGACGCUGUCCCAGUGGCACGACCCACGGUGCAGUCAUCUGCGGGUCUGGGGUGAAAGGCCAUGUAUGUACAGCAGACCCUAGUACAUACCGCUAG